AUGCACGAGUUUAAACUAUUAUCAAGGAGACGGAGCAGCUCGCGUUCAGCCUCUCCGAGCCCAUCGCAGCCGCUUCAUUAUUUCGCCGGCGGCGGCCAGCUGACCGGACGACCUCCGUUGCAUCAUCGAUCCAAAUCCGAUCAAGCGUCGUCAACCGGCCCAUCGAGCAACAUCUCGAUUACCGUCGACGUCGACCAUCCUACGAGAAUUCCGAAAACGGUAUCGGCGCGACAAAUAAUGGCCACCGCGUCGACAGCAUUGGAGAAAUGCGCAAGUUCGCUUUCCGAGAUUCAUCGAUUACUCAGAGAAUCUUCAACUUCUUCGUACGGAUCAAUGAGUGGAACUCCGUCGGUGGAAAGCUCGCCUAUUGAGCAAGCGACAUCUCGUUCAGCUCGUCGAAAAUGGCAUUCAGCGAUGCGAGUGAUUCAAGGAUUGAAUCGCUUCAGAAUCCCGGUCUCGCAUAAGUUUUCCCUUAUUGGUAUGUAUUUUGCCGUCGGUCGUAUCAAGCACAAAAUCGAAUAUAAAGUAGAGGGUCGCCGACGAGCAAGUUGUGUUGCGACUCCGCCCACCGAGCAGCCCAUUAUUAUGUGGUGGCCGCCGCCGUCGCAAGUCGGCUCAUCUUGCCGAUUCGGCGCCGCAACGUCGUCGAGUGCACGCGGUCGUCGAAUGUCGCUGCCGCAAACGCCGCCGACGAUGCCGUCGUCGAUCGUCGCCGGCCAGCCGUUCGUGUCGGCGCGAUUCAACGAGCCUCAUCGACGCGUUCGGCCCGCCGACGCCGCGCUUCGCCACAAUCGCAGCAUGGGUUCGCUGUUGUCGGCAUCGAACGAGCGUUUCGCCGCACACACCGCCGCCGUCUACCGUAAUCCGCACGCGCGUCUAUCGCAACCCGACAUUGUGUUCCGGAAUCCGGCGACGAACACGCAAACAAGUCCGGCGAGCCCGCCGCAAUACUAUCGGCGGAUGUUGCCGAAUCCGAAAGCGAGCGCGAGCAUCGCGCGAAGACUCAUGAAACGCUGCACAAAUCCUGAUCUUAUGCGUUUACAGAGGACCGUCGAGAUUCGAGAUGCAUCGGUCGGCAGAACACCACCCGAGCCCGUCGUCGUCGAUCCCGUGUAUUUGGCGCUGAAACAGGCGACCGGACGCUAUUCGAGACGCGGUUCGAAUUUCGAUUCGGCGACACCAAGCCCACGCAAUUUGUCACAGGUUUCGCUUCAGGACUCGGGCUACGUCGAAAUGGGAACAUCGAAGAACAAUCCGAUGCUCGGCUCGACUCCGCAGCUCGACAAUGCAGGUCGAUCUGUCGGCCGACGCCGUGCGCCGAAACUCACACAACAGAUGAAAUCGCUGUCGCUCGACUGUCAGGAUAUGCCGCCAAGAAUCAAUUCGGCGACUCGCAGUCCACUGAGAAGCAAGCUAGUUCCGCGGGAUUAUCGACGCACCGGCAUCAACGGUUCGUCGGACUUUUCCGAUGCCGAACGCUCAUGCUCGCCGGUGGUGAAGAGUCGACGAAGCAGCUCAUCAGCGCUCCAUUCUGGAGGUUACAUUGUGAUCCAUGAGUACACGCCAUCGAAUGGUCCCACGUUGACAUUGGGCGAGAAGGUCCGUGUCGUCGACAACGGUGAUCCCGACUGGCUGCACGGAUUCCGAUACCAUGAUCGAACGGAGCUUCUGCUCACGUUCCCGGCGACUUGUGUCGCCCAAAUGCAGCCGGGUGAGCAGGCGAUGCGAAUCCUACAGAAUGUCUUCGUCGCCGAGCAGAAGCUGCGCAUGUACAGAGAUCAGAUUGUGUUCGUUCAGCCGGAUUCAUUGAUGGAGGGAAAGGUGAUGGUCCGAACCGAGCACAACGCAUUCGCUCCUUGCCCUCUUACCGCACUCGCACUUGUUUAA